AUGACAACGAACCCAGACAUCGAGUCUGACAUCCCCCAUGAAGUGUACUCCUUCUUCAGGGCCCUGAACAAGGCAGUCGACUCGUGGGACACAAACAUGCUCCACGAUCUAUACGAGAACCAGUUUCCAAACUUCACGCAGAACUUCUACCUUGCGGGCCCAGGACAGUUCCGCCCGUGGCCGUCGCUCCGCAUGAAGCCCGUCGCCGACUGCUUCAAGAAUCGAACAGCCGAGCAGCUGUACUCUUUCCUGCGUUACAAGCACUUGUUUACUGACCGCGCUGUGAAGCUGAGCGAUGCAAAGUCUUCCUGGGAGACAUUCAGCAACCUCUUCGCCGCCCUCCCCUCCGGGAGCUGCGACGUACCGAACUGGCUUCUGUGGGACAUAUUUGAUGAGUUCCUUUUUCAGAUGACGGUGGUGUACCAGAAGCGCUUUGCAGGACGGGCGGAGUGGUCGGUUGGCGAGGCGGUGCAGCUUCUGGAGCGAGUCGUCGCAGAGUCAAGCAUUGAGGAAGUGAUACAAACGGAGGGCUCAGAGGAGAUCACCAAGCCUGGCGCCAGGCAUGCGCAGUGGAUGUGCGGCUUCUUUGGCAUCAUCACCAUAGCCAAGAUCAAUGUUCUGCUAGGUGACUACAAUGGAGCACUAAGCGCCUUGAAACCACUGGACGUUUACGGGCGUGGAAGACAGAUUUUAAUGGCGGUGGCGCCGGCGAACGUGUCGCUGCUUUAUCAUAUGGGGUUCAGCUACCUCAUGCUUCGACGCUACGCUGAUGCUAGCCGUGUUUUCCGCCUCAGUCUGUCGACCAAAGUGACAAGCCGAAAGUUCUCGGAGAAGAUGCAGCUGGACUGUGCCUACAUGCAUGUCGUUUCUUGCAUACUUGGCGGUAUGCAACCUGAUAACUUAAACUGGCUGAUGGAACCGCGGAAGCAGUCCAGUUUUGAAGACGACAAGGAACUCCUUUCUGCGGGCGAUGAAGAGCGGUUCCGUGAAGUAUUUGAUCGGUGUAGCCCGAAGUUCCUUGCGAUUCCUCCAAUAACCACUAGUGUGUACAAAGGCACAGAAGGUAAGGAACUUCAGGCGCGUCUGUUUCGCCGGGCCGUGAAGCAGCAGGAGGAUACAAUAAGGCUACGUGGCUAUUUUGGCGUUUACCAAACCACAACCACCGAACUGGUGAAGACUAUCUUAGAUGUGGAUGACGGGUUUGUGCCUUUGUUUGCGAUGAAGCUCCGCUCCCGUCAACUCGUGCAUGAUGGUACUUCGGCAGACUUGUUGUCGGGAAGCUACGCCGUCCGUUCUGCGCUUGACUGCACUGUGAAGGGUGAUAACAUCAACGUGGUUCAGAAGUCUUCCUACCGCACGACAGAAUCCAAAUACUUUCUGCGUAUCAAUAAUAUGCGCCGGCGAUAUAGGCACUUUGAAAACCAAAGACAAGAGAGACGCCAGGUGCAACACGCUUCAGUCGCUAACUGA